CUAAGAUUUAGCGAAAGAUGUUAUGGAUAAGAUGGUGGUUAUGGUUGGCAAUGGCAACGACAACACAACACAACACAACACAGUUUAACAUUUUCGUGUCGUGUUGAGUUUGGUUUUAACGAUAAACCCUCCUUCAUGUUCUGUAACUCCCAAUGGCGGCGUUUGCUAAACCCUCUCAACUUCAUGCUCAAUUGGGUAAUCCUCUUCUUCCUCCUUCUACUUCGACCAACUUCAACCUCAAAACUCGCACUUUUACGCACAACCUGCACACCCUUCAUUCCCCUCUUAGAAAAGUUAAACAUGUUUGUGUUUCAAGUUCUUCCACUGCCACUACCUCCCUCAGCAACGACCACAGCCACAGCGCAAACUCUGAUAUUUCCCAACUGUGCCUUCUUGGGAACUUGGACCGUAGCAUGAGCUACUUAGACUCAAUGCACGAGCUUCGAAUUCCCGUUGAAGAUGAUACUUACGUUGCCUUGGUACGACUGUGUGAGUGGAAGGGAGCAAGGAAGGAAGGGUCACGUGUUUAUUCCUAUGUUUCCAAGUCCAUGACCCUUUUGAGUCUUCAACUGGGGAACGCGCUUUUGAGUAUGUUUGUGAGGUUUGGGAACUUGGUGGAUGCUUGGUAUGUUUUUGGGAGAAUGGAGAAAAGGAAUUUGUUCUCUUGGAAUGUUUUGGUUGGUGGGUAUGCUAAAGCUGGCUUCUUUGAUGAGGCUCUGGACCUCUAUCAUAGAAUGUUGUGGGUUGGUGAGAGGCCUGAUGUUUACACUUUCCCUUGCGUUUUGAGGACUUGUGGUGGCAUGCCUAACUUGAUGAGGGGUAGAGAGAUUCAUGUGCAUGUUUUAAGAUACGGGUUUGAGUCAGAUGUGGAUGUGCUUAAUGCAUUGAUAACUAUGUAUGUGAAAUGUGGGGAUGUAAGUACUGCCAGGUUGGUGUUCGACAAAAUGUCUAAUAGAGAUAGGAUUUCGUGGAAUGCCAUGAUUUCCGGGUAUUUUGAAAAUGGGGAGUGUCUGCAGGGAUUGAGAUUGUUCUGCAUGAUGAUAGAAUAUCCUGUUGAUCCAGAUUUGAUGACCAUGACCAGUGUGAUUACUGCAUGUGAGCUUCUGGGUGAUGAGAGAUUGGGGAGGGAAAUUCAUGGUUAUGUUCUGAGAAUGGGGUUCGGGAGUGACCCUUCAGUUCAUAAUUCGUUAAUUCAGAUGUACUCAUCAGUUGGGCAUAUUCAGGAAGCGGAAACAGUUUUCUCUCGAGCAGAAUGCAAAGAUGUGGUGUCAUGGACUGCAAUGAUAUCAGGUUACGAGAAUUGUUUGGUGCCUCAGAAAGCACUUGAGAUAUAUAAAAUGAUGGAAGCAGAAGGUAUCAUGCCAGAUGAAAUCACCAUUGCCAUUGCACUAUCUGCUUGUUCUAAUAUAUGCAAUUUAGACAUGGGGACAGACCUGCAUGAGACAGCCAAACAGACAGGGCUCAUCUCUCAUCUGAUAGUUGGAAACGCACUCAUUGACAUGUAUUCAAAGUGUAAAUCCAUUGACAAGGCUUUGGAGGUUUUCCACUCUACUCUUGACAAGAACAUUGUAUCUUGGACAUCGAUUAUCCUAGGUCUUAGGAUCAACAACCGGUGUUUUGAAGCUUUAUUUUACUUCAGGAAUAUGAUUCUUAGACUGAAGCCAAACUGUGUUACUUUAGUUUGUAUUCUGUCUGCAUGUGCUAGAAUAGGAGCUUUGACAUGUGGAAAAGAGAUUCAUGCCCAUGCAUUGAGAACUGGAGUAAGUUUUGAUGGCUUUAUGCCUAAUGCAAUUUUGGACAUGUAUGUGAGGUGUGGAAGAAUGGGAUAUGCGUGGAAACAAUUUUUCUCAGUUGAUCAUGAUGUUACUGCAUGGAACAUUUUGCUUACAGGAUAUGCUGAGCGUGGGAAAGGAGCACUUGCUUCUGAAGUUUUUCAGAGAAUGGUGGAAUCAAACAUCAAUCCUGAUGAAAUAACAUUUAUCUCCAUAUUAUGUGCUUGCAGCAGAUCAGGUAUGGUAGCCGAAGGCUUAGAAUAUUUUAACAGCAUGAAGUAUAAGUACUCUAUCACACCUAAUCUGAAACACCAUGCAUGUGUGGUUGAUUUACUUGGCCGUUCUGGGAAAUUGGAGGAAGCUUAUGAAUACAUACAGAAAAUGCCACUGAAACCAGACGCAGCAAUCUGGGGAGCUUUAUUAAAUGCAUGCAGGAUUCACCAUAAUGUUGAACUUGGGGAGCUUGCUGCAGAGAAUAUCUUUCAAUACGAUACAACAAGUGUUGGAUACUACAUUCUUCUCUCUAAUCUUUAUGCUGACAAUGGUAAAUGGGACAAGGUUGCAGAAGUAAGAAAAAUUAUGAGACAGAAUGGGCUAAUAGUAGAUGCUGGAUGCAGCUGGGUGGAAGUCAAGGGCACAGUGCAUGCUUUUCUCAGUGGUGAUAACUUUCACCCUCAAAUAAUGGAAAUAAAUGCACUUUUGGAGCGGUUUUAUAAGAAGAUGAAGGAAGCUGGUGUUGAAGGGCCAGAAAGCAGUCAUAUGAACAUAAUGGAAGUUUCUAAGGCUGACUUAUUUUGUGGGCACAGUGAGAGACUGGCCAUUGUGUUUGGACUUAUGAAUUCUGGUCCUGGGGUGCCUAUUUUGGUGACAAAGAAUCUGUACAUGUGCCAAAAUUGCCACAACAUUGUGAAAUUUAUCUCUAGGGAGGUUCGCAGAGAGAUUUCUGUGAGGGAUGCUGAACAAUUGCACCAUUUCAGGGGAGGCAUCUGCUCUUGCAUGAAUGAAGGAUACAGGAGUUAACCUGAUUACCAGGAAAACUGUAAGAUAUGUAGCAUCAUGAUCAAGAACUUGGUAUGGACUUUGCUUGGUUUCGGGCUUCAUGAGUUGUCUGCAGCCAACAAACGUUCAAAGCAUGCCUAUUGCUAAAGUACAAAAUUUUGUCUUGGAAAAAGGAAAAAUAAACCCUACUUGUUCCAAAAUUCAGGGGUGUUCAUAAGUAUAUUGUGGUAGCAGCAAUGCAGAUUGUGUUAGAAUCAAAGAUUCUCUGAACCCUUCAACGUCAUUAUGCUGGAUUUCUAGCUCAACUGUCAAGGUAAAGUGAUCUAUUCCACUGUCAGAUAUAAGAUGAUUGCUAGGCCUCCACCUAAUAGCUAUAGAUUUUAAGACAAUAGGUUCUUGACAGUAUUCAGCUAUAUAAUGUUCUUUCUGAAUAGAAUGAAAUACAAUGAGAUUAAAUAGUACAAGGUUUAGAUUUUAUCAUAACUAUACAAUGUUCUUUUUAAACAAAACUUUAUUAAAUCUUUUGACAGAUAUCUGUUUAGCAUAUGCAAUUUAUGAUUUGAUAAAAUACAGUGCUAUUUGGCCAAUAUAGGUGUCUCCACCCUCUGGUUAGGGCUUUCAUUUGAUACAUAUUCUCUAAUUUUAACAAACACAGUCUAACAAAAAGAAACCUACAUGUAUACGUAUAAUAAAACACUGAAACUUAAAAUUUGAUAUCCAAACAGUGUUGAACAUAUAAACAUUUAAAAAAAAGAAUAGUCUAGGAAAAGUUCGCUAAACAAUAUAAUAAAACUUACAAACACUUUUAUAAAAUGAGCAUUUAACAUUUUAUAUCGUCUAAAGAUUAUAUAUUAAACGUUUUGCUUCCUAAACGAUGCUUCUAUCAACAAGCUGGCGUAUGCUAAAAUGUUUUCAACACGCAAUUUGCUUAAACGAUUACCAAUGUUUAAAACAUUUGUUACAUGUACGAAAAGUACCUCUUUGCUUGUAUGUUUUGUUUUCUUUAUCUGUGCAGAUCAUGAAGGUACAAGAAUUUACUCAAAUUCCUGCACAAAAUCGAUAAAGACGUUAAGAGAUAGGAAGACAUUCUGAGAAUGUUUCCUUAAAGCUUCAAGCUCUACAAAAUCGUACAAACUACUUUUGUCAAAGUUAUGAUAAAUCACUAUAAACGUAGACCUAAGUCUGACUACCUACCUAAAAAGACUACAAAGUCUUCAUGGAAGCCAACUAUCAAUGUAACAGAUCUUUCUCGAAGAAUGUUAUUUAUAGAUUAUUGUAUGAAGAGAAGACAAGAAAUAUACAUGCAUAUAAACAAGCUUGUUAUUACGCUGUCUCUCUUUCUUUAUGUCUAACGCUUUCGUUUAAAGAGA